AGAGUUCGUGUAUUUACGAGCAAUAUGAAAAUGAUAAACAUUUUAUACACGUAGAAUAAAGUUUUAGCGGCAUUUUAGUGUAAAGUUGGAUUGAAAAAGCACCAUUUUUGUAUUAAUUUAUCUAAAAUGCGUUUAGCUAGUUCUAUAAUAGUAUUGCCUUUUAUUUUAACACUAGUUUCUGCGGCAAUUGAUCCGCGAAAUUUAAAAUGUUUAGUCUGCCGGACGACUUUUGAUGAGCUUAACAAUGCGAUAAAAAAGGUGGAUAAAUGGAAAAAAGUAGAUGUUGGCAACUUCAGAAUGGAUGCAGCUGGCAACACCAUGCAACAAAAGGUGCCGGCACACCGAUCAGCUGUGUACAUUUCUGAAAUGAUUGAUGGAAUUUGCAAGCGUAUGGACGACUACGUGCGCGUAUACUACAAGGCGACCGGCAAGCUGGCCAUCAUGCAACUGAUGGUGGAAAAUGGCGGCAUGAAUCCAGACUUUUCGAAGACGAGGUUCGUCACGGACGACGAUUUGAACAAGAGCUUGGAGUACUAUUGUGAACGUAUGUUUGAAGAAAACGAAGAUGAAAUAACUGACUUGUACAAGAACAGGCCGGAAGAUGACGUCAUGCCGGACGCAGAAAAGGAGAUCUGCUUCAAACACACGAACUACUGUGAAGACUGGAUGUUGCCAAACGAAGAAGACACCACGUGGACCGCUGAAAUGGAGGCUGAGUAUACUAAGGUUCACGGCGCAGACCCGUACGGUUUCGGUGGUGGUCUACCCCAACAGUCCAUCACCCGUGACGUCAGCGAUGAUGACGGUUAUGAUGACACCGAUGAUGAUGAGCAACGGGAAGAUUUGUGAAGUGUAAUGUUGUAGUGAAGUGUAGUGUAGUGUGAUUCAACUGGGAUAAGGUAUAGGUAGGUGACCUAUGUGACAAUUUAGGUCAAAUGUCAAUUAAAAAUUAUUAAAAUAUGUUGUUAAAAAAUUCAAAAAGCAAUCUUUAUGGUCUUUUCAAUAUAAUAAACUAGCGGUCCGCCUCGGCUUCGCCCGUGGUACAUAUUUCGCAAUAAAAGGUAUAUAGAUUUUUCUGACUAAAUUCUUAUCUUCUAUAUAUAUAAAAAUGAAACCCGUUUUCUUUGGUCACGGCAUCACGCAUGCACGAAUGGACCGAUUUUGAUAAUUCUUUUUUUAAUAUAUUCCUUGAAGUACGAGGAUGUUUCUUAUGGAAAGAAAACAUAAACAUGUACCACGGGCGAAGCCGGGGCGGACCGCUAGUAAUGUUAUAAAAAGGCGCAAAUUCAAUCCUAUUCUUAGUUGAAUCACAUAUAAAUGUGAAGUAUUGCAUUGUAAGAUGUGUGAAAUUGUUAUUUUAUAUGAGUUGUUAAAAAUAAAUUAUUCAUCCUAAUGUUUUCUGCUAUUUUUUUGCAUUGACAUAAAAAUCACAAUUUGGCUAAGAAUUAUUUGAAAUUAAAAUGGUAAGCAAUCUAAUUGAGUAUAAUUCUUGCAGAUUGUAUUAAAAUUAAUUUGUACCAAGAAGAAGAAAUAAUAUGUAUAAAUAUGUAUAUUCAUUUAAUAUUAAUAUUCAUUUUUAUGUAAAAUAAAUUUUAUCUAUACUUUAAAAACAUUCCUUUACAGUUUAGAAUACAGAUACUCUACUUACUUCUUCCUCUUAUUAUAGUAUGUAUUAUAAAUAAACAGUCUUUAUUAGUAAUGUGUUAAAGAAUAUAAAAUAUUUCUUAUAGAAAAUAAAAAUUAAAAAUAUUCGUAAACUAGCUU